CUGGAGAGGAGAGGUCGACCGUCUCUCCUCCAGCAGCCGCCGGGCUUCUCUGCAGCCUCCUGCCCCUUCAUCAUGGAUCUGGGGACUAAACGAGUCGCUUGGAUUAUCGCUCAGGUCGCCCUGCUUCUCUCCAUCUCUUACGGGACAACCGGAGAAGAGGUGUGUGACAGCCCACUGGUCUCCAGCCUGCCUCCAUCAUCCUUCAGGAGCUCUUCACAGCUGUCCACCAGCCAUGCGCCAGGCUUUGCCAAACUCAACAGAAGAGACGGAGCUGGAGGUUGGUCACCUCUUGUUUCAGACCGAUAUCAGUGGCUCGAGGUUGACUUGGGUGAGCGCACCAAGAUCACAGCUGUCGCCACACAGGGCCGUUAUGGCAGCUCUGAUUGGCUAACGUCUUACCUGCUGAUGUUCAGUGACACGGGGCACAACUGGAGGCAGUACAGACAGGAGGACAGUAUUGGGUCUUUUCCAGGUAACAGUAACGCAGACAGUGUGGUCCACUACAAGCUGCAGCAGCCAGCGAUUGCCCGCUUUAUCCGUCUCAUUCCUCUGGACUGGAAUCCAAACGGUCGGAUUGGACUCCGGCUGGAGACCUAUGGAUGUCCUUACACCUCUGAUGUGGUUAGCUUUGAUGGUGGCAGCAGCGGUCUGUUGUACUGGUUGACUUCUGGGCUUAAGCGGACAUCCAGAGAUGUUGUCACUCUGAAGUUUAAAGCCCUGAGGAAUUCUGGGACACUGCUGCAGGCAGAGGGACAGGAAGGACUCAGCCUCGGUCUGGAGUUAGAGAGAGGAAAGCUACUGCUGCUGCUGAGACAAGGCAGGACUUCAUCCACUGAACCCCAGCGCCUUGUUUCCCUUGGGAGCCUGUUGGAUGAUCAGCACUGGCAUCAUGUAGCAGUGGAGCGGCGUGGCUCUCACCUCAACCUCACUGUGGACAAACACACAGAGAGGGUUCAAAUCCCUGCAGACUUCAGCCACUGGACCAUUGAACAGCUGAGUUUGGGGGCAGUUCAGAGUGAAGUCUCUCAGAAACCAGUAACCUCCAAGAAGAACUUCAAUGGUUGCCUGGAAAAUCUGCAGUAUAAUGGCCACAACCUGAUAGAACUAGCUAAAAACAAAAAACAACAAGUUACUAUUUCAGGCAAUGUCACCUUUUCCUGUGCUGAGCCAGUUUCUGUUGCGGUGACGUUCACCGGGCCCGAGAGCUUCCUUCAGUUACCGGGGACUACAGUGUCUUCAUCAGGGGGCGUAUCUAUAGGCUUUCAGUUCAGGACGUGGAAUAAGGCGGGACUUCUAGUUACUUUUGAACUCCCUCAACAAGGAGGCGUGACCUGGUUGUACCUGAAUGAGGCCAGACUCCGACUACAGAUCCAUAAAAGCGGCAGGCCACUGCUGGAACUUAGUGCAGGUGUUGCUCUGAAUGACGGUCAGUGGCAUUCAGUGGAGCUGAAUUCCAGACGAGGACGUCUAACCAUCACAGUGGAUAAAGAGGAAAGAGACAGCUCUCAAGCCAGCCCAUCGUUUCCUGUCACUAUAGAAAGUCACCUCUUCUUCGGUGGUUGUCCUGUUGACGAUGGCAGUCAGAAAUGCAGAAACCCGUUUAAUGUCUUCCAGGGCUGCAUGCGUUUAUUUACUGUGGACAAUCAAAACAUGGACCUGAUUAAGGUGCAGGAAAAGCAAUUGGGGAACUACAGCAACCUGCAGAUUGACAUGUGUGGAAUCAUUGACAGGUGUUCUCCCAGUCCUUGUGAACACGGCGGUCCCUGCAGUCAGUCCUGGACUGUCUUUCACUGCAACUGCUCUGACAGUGGCUACAGUGGAGCGACCUGCCACAGCUCUGUGUAUGAACAGUCCUGUGAGGCAUACAAACACAAAGGCAACACAUCGGGACAUUUUUAUAUCGACGUGGAUGGCAGCGGACCAAUCAAACCGCAGCUGGUCUACUGCAACAUGACAGAGGAGAACACAUGGAUGGUGAUCCAGCACAACAACACAGAGCUGACCAGACUCCGACCAUCUCCAGGCGUAAACCAGUAUUCAAUCCACUUUGACUACUUGUCUGAGGAAGAGCAGCUGUUGGCCGUCAUUAAGCAAUCGGAGCACUGCGAACAGGAACUGUCUUAUCACUGCAAAAAGUCCCGUCUCCUCAACACCCCAGAGGGCUCUCCACUCAGCUGGUGGUUCGGCGGUCCUGGUACGGGUCGAGUUCAGACUUAUUGGGGUGGAGCUCAACCGGGCAGCCAGCAGUGUGCCUGCGGUCUGCAGGGCGACUGUGUCGAUCUACAACACUACUGCAACUGUGAUGCUGACCGCAUGGAGUGGACUGAAGACUCGGGCCUGCUCACCCAUAAGGACAGCCUACCUGUCAGGUCUCUGGUGUUGGGUGACAUACAGAGGCCAGGUUCAGAGGCUGUGUACAGGGUGGGACCACUGCAGUGUCACGGCGAUCGGAAUUUUUGGAAUGCUGCGUUUUUCGACAAGGAGACAUCGUACCUCCACUUUCCUACUUUCCACGGAGAGCUGAGCGCAGAUAUCUCCUUCCUGUUUAAAACCAUGGCCGCCUCCGGUGUAUUUCUGGAAAACCUGGGCAUCAAAGACUUCAUCCGGAUUGAACUGAGCUCCUCCACUCAGGUGGUUUUCUCCUUUGAUGUUGGUAACGGCCCGUUGGAGGUUCGUGUGGAGUCGAGCUUCCCGCUGAAUGACAACCGGUGGCAUCGAGUCCGAGCCGAGCGGAACGUCAAGGAAGCGUCGCUUCGACUGGAUGAACUUCCUGUUGCCACACAGGAGGCGCUGGCUGAUGGACACUUCCACCUGCAGCUCAACAGCCAGCUGUUCAUAGGGGGUACAGCAUCCAGGCAGAAGGGCUUCCGCGGCUGUAUCCGCUCUCUGCAGCUGAACGGUGUCACUCUGGACCUGGAGGAGAGGGCGAAGAUAACACCAGGCGUUCAACCUGGCUGCCCGGGUCACUGCAGCAGCUACGGCUCGCUCUGCCAGAACCAUGGCCGCUGUAUGGACAGAGCUAAUGGCUUCCACUGUGACUGUAGCCUGUCAGCGUACACCGGAGUCUUCUGCCAAACAGAGGUGUCAGUCAGCUUCAAGUCAGGAACGUCUGUCAGCUACACCUUCAAGGAGCCCUACGAGUUGAGCAGGAACAGCAGCGCUCUGCCGUCCUCCAUCUACUCUGACAUGACGCUCAGAGGAGAAAACGUCUCCCUGAGCUUCAGGACGAACCAGAGUCCAGCUCUGCUGCUCUACGUCAGCUCCUACUACAGAGAAUACCUGGCUGUGCUCAUCAACAAGCAUGAUAAGCUGGAGGUGAGAUACAAGCUGGACAGCAGCAGAGACGCCGAAGUGCUGGGGAGCAAAGUGAGGAGCCUCACCAACGGACAGCUGCACACCGUCUCCAUCAGGAGACUGACAGACUCUGUGUCUGUGCAGAUUGACCAAAAUGCCAAAGAAGACUUCAACCUGACAUCUGACGGGGAAUUUAAUGCCAUCAAGUCGCUGGUGUUGGGCAGAGUGCACGAGUCCGAUGACCUGGAUGCAGACCUGUCCAGGUUGGCUUCCCUCGGUUUUACAGGCUGCCUGUCAGUUGUCCACUUUAACACCAUCAGCCCUCUGAAAGAAGCUCUGCUCCGCCCUGACUCCAGCCCCGUCAUCAUCACUGGACCUUUAGCUCAGUCCAACUGCGGCUCUGCAGCUUCAGCCAAUCCCUACUCAGCUGAGAACACACACCACCUGUCAGACCAGUCUGGUUCAGUGGGUUCGGGUGAACCCUUAGUCAAUUCCAUCAGGACUGACUCGGCCCUAAUUGGAGGUGUCAUUGCAGUAGUCAUCUUUGUGAUUGUGACUGCACUGGCGAUAACGGCCAGAUUCCUCUACCGGAGAAAGGAUACAUAUCGUAACAAGGAAGUGAAGGGAGUCAAACAGGAGGACAGCCAAGACUUUCCUUUUAACAACCAGGCUGACUCCCAGAAUCUCUCCACUGAAAACCCAAAGGAGUAUUUCAUUUAACUGGAGGCCCGAUGACCUGAUGUGCUGCUGGGCUUUUGGAGCCGAAGCUGCAGACAGACGCAUCUUGACACGCCUUGGGACUUUGCAGUGCACUCGAGAGCCACUCAGACACUUCUCUGACAGAGGUGGCUCUGCAGCAUGUGAAAAGCAAAGAAGAACAAUUUUCACAGUGUUGUCUUUCUGUUGCUUAAUGUAAAAUGUGAAUACACUGAUGCAACAGCGUUGGACUUUAAGGGUGUUGAUAUACUUGUUCAAGCAACUGUAAAUAUUCAGCAAUGUAAAACACUGAAUAAUGUCUUUGUAACGAUCUGGCUAAUGUUGAAAUGUUGGAAAUAAUGGAGGUAACAGUAUUUUUAUUGUGCAUGGGCAGGGAGAGUGUGAAGCUGUCUUCUGUUUGGAUUUCACCUGGAGAAAGAUGGGGAUAAACUCCAAACCGCCUGCGAGACAUUUGCCUGCAUUUCAAAUAAUCCAACAAAAGCCAUCCAUGGAUAUUUUAUAUUUACCUUUUUCAUGUUUCCAACUAUUCUUCCCAGUAACUGGCUGUUUUUAACCCCUUCUCGAGUUUUCAUUAACGUUUGUGAGGUCAGUGGUCUAAAUAUACAGUAUAUGCGAAUUACAUCCGUAGAAAUUAUUCCACAUCACACAAACACAUUCCAAAGUUAUGAGUUUAAUCACUGUUAACAGAAAAUGUGUAUCCUGAUAAUAAGAAAGCAAUGU